AGAGCACUGGCAGACAUGGACAUGGCAGACUACAGCGAGGCUCUGGACCCAGCCUACACCACACUGGAGUUUGAAAACAUGCAGGUGCUCCCCUUGGGCACAGACUCCUCACCCGCUGAAAGCACCAACAUGAACGCUCCGGGCCACCUGGCAGCGGGCAGUCUGUGUGCCAUAUGUGGAGACAGAGCCACGGGCAAACACUACGGGGCCUCCAGCUGUGAUGGUUGCAAGGGCUUCUUCAGGCGAAGCGUCCGCAAAAACCACAUGUACUCGUGCAGGUUCAACAGACAAUGCAUUGUGGACAAAGACAAGCGAAAUCAGUGCAGAUACUGCCGACUGAAGAAAUGCUUCAGAGCUGGCAUGAAGAAAGAAGCUGUGCAGAAUGAAAGAGACAGAAUCAGCACCAGGAGGUCCAGCUAUGAAGACAGCAGUUUACCAUCUAUUAAUGCACUCAUCCAAGCAGACGUACUGUCAAGACAGAUCACCUCCCCUGCUCCUAUACUGAACGGCGACAUAAGGGCCAAAAAGAUUGCGACCAUUACAGAUGUGUGUGAGUCCAUGAAACAGCAGCUGUUAGUCUUGGUAGAGUGGGCCAAGUACAUCCCAGCCUUCUGUGACCUGCCCCUGGAUGACCAGGUGGCACUGCUGCGAGCUCAUGCUGGGGAACAUCUCCUGCUUGGCGCUGCAAAGAGAUCCAUGUUGUACAAAGAUAUCCUCUUAUUAGGAAAUGAUCACAUCAUUCCUAGAAACUGCCCGGAGUUGGAGGUGGGCAGGGUAGCAGUGAGGAUCCUGGAUGAGCUGGUACUUCCUUUCCAGGAGCUUCAGAUAGACGACAAUGAAUAUGCCUGCUUGAAAGCCAUAGUAUUCUUUGAUCCAGAUGCAAAAGGUCUCAGUGACCCCGGAAAGAUCAAGCGGAUGCGAUAUCAGGUCCAGGUCAGCCUAGAGGACUAUAUCAAUGACAGGCAGUACGACUCUCGAGGCCGCUUCGGGGAAUUGCUCCUGCUGCUGCCGACACUACAGAGCAUCACCUGGCAAAUGAUUGAACAGAUCCAGUUUGUCAAACUCUUUGGCGUGGCCAAGAUCGACAACCUGCUACAAGAAAUGCUUCUUGGGGGUUCUGCCAGUGAAGCUCCACAUGCACAUCAUUCUCUGCACCCUCACCUGGUUCAGGAGCACCUCAGCACCAAUGUUAUAGUGACUACCAACAUGCCAACGACGAUCCACAACGGUCAAAUCUCCACUCCUGAGACCCCAAUCCCAUCCCCACCUACUGCCUCCAGCUCAGAACAUUAUAAAAUGACUCAGGGAGUCAUAGCCACCAUGUCCAAGCAGCAAACCUCCAUCCCUCAGUCUGCUAUUACAAAGCAAGAGGCCAUCUAA